AUGGCUACCUCUACCGCUCCUCUCCUCUACCGGGAAACGCGACUGAACCUCGAUCCGCCCUACGCAGGCUCUACUAUUGGCGUCACGCUCCCGCCUCAUAGCACCUCCGCUUUCCUGUCGCGUCCUAAGGGCAAGCGCAUUAUCGUUGAAGAGGGCAACACUAGCUCCGAUGAGACGUCCUUCGCCCGCCGCCACCUCGCGGCCAACGACGCCUCCAUCUUCUUCCGGCGCAAACAUCCAUACCCGCGGACUUUCCUGUGGAGGAUUCUGGACGAUCGCAAGGUCCUAGAGCUGCGCUCGGUAGACUUGACUGUCGACCGUCACCACAAGGGAGAGGCCAUCCUGACGCUAUUGCUGAGCUUUCCCAAUGCCAUCCGUCCAUUUGGCGUUGCUCUAGCCGAGCGCGAUGACCGCGACGCGCUCAACGUCUUUGUCUUGACCACCGCGAAUGAGCUCUACACGUUGGACCUACACAAGGAUUUCUUCAUCCGCCCCGCCGCUACCGAGAUCGACGUCGACGUCUGGUGCAAGACCUGUGUUCCCUCCGCGUUCAGCUUCCGCUACCCCUACCGCAUAGUCGCCAGCAGCGCGCUUGAGCUGUUGGUCUCGCUACAUGACGGAGGUCUGCUUCGCUUGAACCGAAUCGCUGCAUCCGAUGGUUCCUCCUGGCGUGAAACGUUCUUCUCCGAAGGUGGCUGGGGUUCGGCCUUUAAGAGUUUGAUCCCAUGGAAGGGGCACAAUACCGUUCGCUUUGGCACCUUAGACCUCGAGGCAUCGACUGCUGCCGCCAUUGCCUUGUCACCAGACGAGAAGCACAUCUUCACGGUCUCUCUGAACCAUACUCUGAAGGCUUGGAACCUGGAAACCGGCAAAGUUGGCAUACAGACGGAUUUGCUUGGCGAGAAUGAAAGGGACCCUCAAAAGCUGGCUCAAUUCUUCAUCGGUGCGGAGCAGCCAAAACUGAUGGAGGUUCUAGAGGUUCAGGCUCCGCAGGACGGCGACGAAUGUUUUGUCGUCACGUACUCGCCGAAGCGCCACCAAUUCAAGUUUUGGGGGGUUAGGGACGCUGACGACGUGGAGUUCGGCAUUCACGACGUUCAAUCAGACUUCGUUUUCGUGCCGCCCGUCGAUGAGCUCAUGAAUACGACCGUCUGGAACAUGGAAGAAUUCCAUUUCAAAGCUCGGCCCGGCUGGAGAAGCUCUGAACUCUGGAUCCGUGUCAGGUCAGGUCCCAGAUGUAUGGUCUUCUCGCUAAAAUUCGACCUUUACGAUUCGACGGAGCAGCUUGCCGACACCUGGAAAAACAAUUGGGUGGCUGUAGACUCCGGCUCACUCACGGUGGAGGCUCUGAGGGCUUCACCCGCACACCCGAUUGAGCCGACGCUCGAAGACCCAUCGAUCCACUCGCAAAACGUUUCUGAGCAGUGGAUCGAUUUCUUGUUUUACCCCGGUCGCUUCACAAGCGCGACGCUUGAAACUGCUCUGUGCGUCUACCGGCGUGGCCUUGGCGACUCUGCCACUCGUACACUCGUAUUGAGCUCCAGUGCCAAGGCACCGAUCAAGGACCAAAUUUCAGCCGCCGUCGCCGCGAAGGUUCCUACCAGGCAACUUCCAGAUGGUCAGAUCGAUUUCGAUCAGUAUGAGCUCGACAUGGCGGGGCAGUGGCAGGUCUUCUAUGGUGUCGUAAAGGACUUGCACAAGCGCCGGGGCGAGCCGGUUGCACUAGCGCUUGACGUUGAGGAUGACCUUCCCUGGCUGCUGCUAUCAGACUACGCAUCGCCAAUCAGGGCAUGCAGCGAGGUAGAGAUCCUGCGCUUGAACGACGAAACCCUUGUCCCUCCUGAGGAGCCUGCACUCUCAAGACCGCUUUUCAAGGCACUGAAGGAUGACCUAUCGAUAGAUGUCGCCAAACUUCUCGCUGCCGCUUCUUCCUUCCGCAAUUCCUUUGUCGCUUCGUUCCGGGAUCAAUUGGCACUCGCUGUCAAACGAGAAAUCUGCCAGGAAGACUCGUAUUCGAUCCCUGAUCGCAUGAAAGCCUUCGAGGCUUGCUGCGGUCUGUGCGAGCAGGUUACUGACGAGGAUUUUGAGAAGCUCGAGUCGUUGCUCGAGGACCUUGGUGGUUUCGGUGGCGUAACACAGGAGCUUGUGUUGGCAGCGUUAGAACGGCUGGUAGAGGAUGAACGAGGCCACCAUCACGAGAGAGCCAUCACCGCUUACGGUGCGAAGUCCCUGAUUAGAGGCGCUCAGGAGACUCUGAACCUCACGCACGAGAUUCUCCUGGACCUUCUUGUGCUCAUUGUUUUCAUGAGUCAGGAGCUCGAAGCUCAUGAGACACCUGCAUUGAAGCCUACCGACAUCUACCCUGACAUAAUCGAGAGACUGAAGGGCAUCACCAUUUCCAAGUGGUUGGUGGCUACGGUGCGAGCUGACCCGAAGCCGCGGUCAAGACGAAGCUCUGUUGGAGAGCCAAACCAAACGGAAAACCCGGUAAUAAAAUCGACAGCAGUGGUGACAUUGUUCGAAAGCCUCUUCAUCGGCGAUUGGGCGGAACUGAAAACUCCUUCGGCAUCCACCUCUGAGCUCAUCACUUACUGGUGUCGCUCGUGGUCGUUCGGUCUUCCACUACCCGAGAACUGGGAGUUUGUGGGAGCUGGGGUCCUGAGCAACCUGCUGAAGUACGGCAACUUGGAUUUGGCCACCGACUUUUUGCCGUUCGUUCCAAGCAGCAUCUGGGGAACCUAUCUCAAAGGGCGGUAUUACCUCGCUGUCGGAGACUUCAAGCUGGCCAGCACAUAUCUCAACAGAGUCAGCUUUGGAUGUGCGAAAGGUUUCUUCGACAUCUUCAACACCGACCAUUACAAUUUCCUCAGCCCUAGCGAGAAGGGGUACUUCCACGAGGGCCUGACAAGGUUCUGCCAACAUGUCAUGUAUCUCUUCGAAAAGGCAAAGGCGCACACGUACGUCAUUCAAUGGGCAGAGGCUGCGUUGUUUGCAGUUCAAACCGAGGACCACGAGCAGACCAAGAUGCUGAAGCAGGAAGUGCUGUCUCGACUCUUCCACGCCUGCGUGCAAUGUUCAAAUUUCCGCGAGGCGUACGGCGCCCUAUGCCGGUAUCCCGACAACAACCUCCGAAGAUCCGCCCUGACGAUGUUGGUCAAGACGAUGAUCAAGCAGAAGCAGAUGCCCCUGCUCAUCAGCUUCCCCUUCACCAGGCAGCUGGAGGACGUGGAUGCGAUUCUGGCUGGACUGUGCAGAGAGACGCUCAGCGUGAGCAGCGGGCCGCCCUUCCACCGGCUGCUGUACGCCUUCCGCAUCGCCAAAAAUAAUUAUCGGGGGGCGGCGCAGAUCUUGUAUGAUCUUAUUACGCGGCUCCAGGCGUCGUCUGCAGCGCUGCAGGACCCCACGGACGAGAGCAUCACGCAGGCGUACCUGACGGUCAUCAACACGCUCAGUCUGGUGAACGAGCAGGACCAGUACCUGCUGGUGGGGCAACGCGAGAGCGAGGGCGGGCUGAAGGGCGCAGCCGAAGGCAAGGCGGCUUCUCGGAGGAGGCUGAUGACCUUGGAGGAUUUGCGCAGGGAGUACCAAGCCGAGCUGGACCGUGUUGCGGCUAUGGAGACGGGCCGUUUCGCGUUCAGUGCAGGCGGCGAUGCCAUGGACGUGCUGUGA